UAAAGCUCUUAACUCUACCCCAAAGCCUGUUUGAAGUUGAACACACUAAAGCUCAGUGUGCUCUAUCCUAUGCAAACCACACAUGCAAAUCUACAAAGGUUAAAAUCAUGCGUUGAAGUAUUAAAUGUGAUCAAUCCAGUGUUCACGGAGAGGCUUCAACACCAGGUAAGUGUUUAUCAAAUGAAAGUUAAAAUUUGAAAAAGUAAACGCUGUAGCACAGAAAAUGUCAAAACAACAGGCUUGUAGAUGAUGAGGAUGAAUGAUUUUAAAGCAUGCAUGCAAGGAAGUUCAGCAGUUUUGAUUAAUAAUAAACAGCUGUCACCAAGUGAUAGUACAUGCUAGGCAUGUGAGUAAAUGGUGUGAACAUUGUCAUGGGGAUUUAAAUGAGCCAUAUCAUGAUGCAGAACAAUUGAAGGAAGGAAAGGUUCUGAACCAGCGAGCGUCCCGGGAGCUUUGUUCAGAUAUUUGGGCUUGAGUUCAACUUUGAAAAGGUGCAAUGAAUGUAGAAAGACUUCCAUGAGAAAAAACAAAACAAAACAGAAAUAAAUGCUUUUAUUUUCAGGCCUUAUUUGAGUGAUCACCAUGGCAACGAAUGUGUUCAUCGGCAAUAAUCAGCCUCAGUCUCCUACUCUGAUCGCUGUCCACUCUGACCAGUGGAGCACCGGCAUCUGUGGCUGCUUCGAUGAUUUAAAUGUUUGCUGCUUUGCCUACUGGUGCUUCCCUUGCUUUGCCUGCAAUACUGCCUCUGAAUUUGGAGAGUGUUUCUGUCUCCCCCUGCUGGACAUGCUGUGGACCACCCUUCAGAUGAUGUCUGUCCCGUUAUGCACUCCACCUGUUUCCAUGUCCAUGAGGGUUGCUGUGCGUCACCGCUACGGAAUCCAGGGAGAUAUGACAGCUGACUGUGUAUACUCCACCGUCUGCAACAUAUGCUCCUGGUGCCAGAUUGCCAGAGAGAUCAAAAGACGCAGCCGGCCGCGCACUGUCAUCGCCGCCCAGCCAGUGUACAUGGGUGCCCAACAAUAUAUGAUGACCACCCAGCCGGGGGUCGUCACCUCUCAGCCAAUUAUUUCAGCUGCUCCUCAGGGUGUGCUGACCCCCAGGGUCAUGUGACUGCUGGUUCUCUCAAAUUCAUGCUGAUUUAUUUUUAUUUCUUUAGACCUCUGAGUUUUACAUGUUAAAAGGCAAUUUAUAAAGUACAAUCUGGGGCCAACUAUAACAUCUAAUCUGAAAAAUCAGUCUGAGUGGUGCAUGUUUGUCUACUUUUAGACUUAGAUGUAAAAGAAUUUUAUCAACUUUCAUAAUCCAGGAAUAUCAUCCUAUCUCCUCCAGGAUAUAGGACAUCUGCAGAGGCAUCCUAACCUGUUAGGAUUUGGUAGCAGGUGGCAAAUGAUAAGACAAACACAGACACGCACACAUUCCAGUAGGUGGGUAAAUAUAGACUGUUGACCUGAUUAAAAGAUACUGAUUGAUUUUAAACUUCCAGGACACCAUAGACAAAACUUUUUUGGCAAGUACAAAAAUACAGCCACUGCGGCAGUAGGGCCCCUUACAACUUUUAAAGCUUAACUUUUUUCUUUUAAUGACAUUUCUAAGUUCCCUGGAUUUGUCAGUGUCACAAGCAGCUCAAAGCAAUUAUUAGCAUAUCAUGUAUGCCUUUACAUGGGUGUAAAUAGCUUGUCAUAAAUACAUGAUGCAAUUUUUGUGAUUAAUGUCACUUUACCUUCAUCAAAUCAUCUCUGAGCCUUUGGGAUGUGUUGAUUCUACAGCGUCACUCCUGAUGAAAGCUGAAAGAUGUCAUGAUUUAUUUGAUUUUAUGUUACUGUGAUACCUUUCUUUCUCAAAUGAAAUCUUCUACUGCUUGUUGAAAGGGUGUGUAGGAAGCUUCAGAAAUAGCUCUUAUGUCCUGGAUGGACACUGGCAAGCAUUCAUCUUCUGAGACGUUUUGGAAUCUAUCAUUGGUCAUGAUGAACAAUAUGUAAUCUGAAGAAACAUGUUUAAGUAACUAAAUAUAAUAUGAUAGUUUACCAGUUGCAGCUGCUGCUUUCUUGUAAGCUGUCAAAUGCACUUUUGAUAGGAUGUUAGACCACGUUUCUUUUUUUUUUGCAUUCAUCUGGAGUACAAAAACACAAAUAAAGCUGGUCUUGAUUUUCUUUACAAUCUUUUUUUCUGUACUCUUAAAUCUGAUACAAACCUUUAUUAUAUGUUUUCUCUCUCUCUACCAGCAGCCAACUUUACUCCCUGCUCCAAUCUGACUUUCUUUAUAAUUUCACCCAAUUUCAUAUAAUUCCAUUCCUGUUAAUAUGGUUGCAAAUACUUUUGAAUUGCAUGUGUUAAAUGCUACUGGAGAUAUUAAAAGAUUUCACACAUAAAAUUAACUUUAAAAAGUUGAAUCAUAUAGACUUUUGUAUCACUGAGAAAAUGCAUGAAUAAUUUGUUAGAUUUUUUUUUCACAGAAUGAACUGGGGGACAUAUGUACUGUAGAUAAAACCCGCUUCUCUGAUUGGCUGUUCCUGCUCUAAGCACACAUGUGAUUAAUGAUGUGAUCAUUUAAAAGCUGCUCUUAAAGGUUACUGCUACACGUGUGCAUGUUAAUGUGUCUUAUUCCUUCCUUUUGGUAAAGAACUCCUAAGAUUGCUCUUUCGAAGAUUCUUGAGGGUAAUUCUCAUAACUAAUGAUACAUACAAGCCCUGAUUUGCACAAAGAGAAAGCCAAACUUUGCUCAGGUUAACUGUGUUGACUCUUGUUAAGCUGUGAAGCAAGGGAACGAGAAAAAUAAUCGACUGCAUGUACUUUUACUUAUAACUUAAUGAAUUCUUUCAGGUAUGAGACUUUGGUAAACGUAUGUAUUUAUGUUACUUGUAAAUUCUUGAGCCACAUGUGCCACAAUCUGCAUGUCUUCAUCUCCGUGGUCUGCUGUUACCUUGAGCUGUUGUACCCUGGCUCAGGUUUAUAUAACUCCACAAAGGCAGAGGAGAGGAGGGGAAGGCUGCGGUUCACUGAUAUGACUGCUGAACAGUGACUCGUGCACUUAUUGUAAUCACCAGUGCUCACUUUAUUUUCCCUCCGCUGUGUGACCUUGCUGCUUCCUCCUUCCCUCAUUCCCUGCCACUCCUGUCUGACUCUCUGACUGUG